CCUCCAUCAGGUGUAGAGCUAGAGAAAAGGUCAUGUCAGUACAGUCUGUUAGUACAGUACAUGUAACAUGGCUGUAGCUCCACCACUGACAGAAACACCUAUAGCCCUGCAGUUACCAGGAAAGUCGGUCCUGACAUGCGAGGAUGAGACAAAGAAGCUUGAAUCCUUGGUAUUCAACCACGUCUCUUUGGGUCAAUGGGAGGCAGCCAGGGCUUGUGUGGAUCAACUAGCAGUUGUUGAUGAUCAAGCAACACGUGAAAACGCCAGAGAGCUCCUCAAGAUACUGAUUGUGGAAGCAGCCAAUUACUGGAGUGAAUCGGCUGCCAUUCCGUCCCCUCACCAUCUCUCUUGGUUGGCUCUAAACGCUUACAAAGAGCUCUUUACCAAAGAGAACGACAAGCUGCCUGACUACCUCCAAGACCUGAUAGAGUUUCGCUUGCUCCUCUACUCAUGCAAUGGAGUUGUCUCCUUUUCCAGCAGGGUCGCGACACAGCUCUGCCAGUACCAUGCUAUCCACGUCCUCAGAAUUCCUGGUGCUCUCUCCGACUUAAUCCCUCACUUCACUGGCCUCAUUGUCUCCUUCAUCCACGAUAUCAUCACAACCAUUAGCCCUGCCCUAGGACACGCUGUUAUCACAAGUCUGAGUGUGCCUAAUAGCUCUGCUCACCUUGCAAACAAUGAGUCAUUGCAGUUGAUCUACAUCGAGUGUAUUAACGACUGUUUGGAGUUGCUCUCAAAAUUGAACUGCCGUGAAGGCUCCCCAGAACCAGAUUCCUCCUACGACAGUCAAUACGAGUCUGAUCACCCAGCUAGCGGAAUACGAAGCACCCAAAAAAGUUCUGAGAAAAUUGUAUCUUUGAUUUAUAAUCUACUCUCACUUAUGGACCCGAGCCAUGAAAUGGUUAAACUAACUAAGAAGAUUGACACUGUCUUUCACACUCUACUUCGAAAAAUAUAUGUCAUAUCAACGGAGAUACAAAUUUCAUUUGAGACGGGCCGGAUAUACGCUUGUCUAUUGGGUCGAAGCACCCCGUUCCUCAUCAACAGACUGCAUGAGGUAGAGGAAUACCUUCGAAUGCAUCCUGAGGCCGAUGAAACAUCUUCCUCAACCCCUAUGAAACUGUCACUCCAGCUGACCACGAAAUCAAAUCUAACAGUUCAAAAAUCUACUGAGGAAUGGAAAAAGAGGUUUUACGAGGCCCUCUAUGACCACCGACACUUUUUAGAGAGCACAUUGGAGUCGGGGCUGCAGCUGGUACUGACAGGACAAUUGACGGAGGUGGCAACGUUGAUGGAGAGGCAGGAGUGUUUGCCGCUCCGUCCAAUUAUGUUGCUGAUGGGCUGGGACAAAUACCCCGCUGCGGGUAGUGGGAAGGAAUUACUGGAUGUACUCUGGCCAGUCGAGAUGUCAAUGAGGCAGCAGCUAUUGUUCAAUGGAUGCUGCAAACUUGCCUUCCAAGUAGAGCUUGUCCAAUGGUGUCUUGAGAAAGCGAAACCUCAUCUACAACACCUGUCCUCCUUCACGAUCCACCGAGCAGGAGAAAUGUUUAAGGGACUAGAAACUCACUCUACCCUCUUUGUGCUCCACCACUACACACCCCUGGCCUCUCUUAAUCCUCUGGAAGUCAUCGACAUCCUCAAAAUGAGACCUCGUGUUCCGCUGGUCUCCACUGUCUCAGCUAUGACUCCACCCCCUCAAUUCUCACGUGGGACCACACCCAUGAAGUUCCCCAGUGACUCUGACAGCCCACCUCCCAAUGAUACUCAGAAGUCUUUCCCCGUGCUCUCUCUCAAAACUCUCCGACCAGAACAGGAGAGAGAUAUUUCGAUAUUCAGAAGCUUUUGUGCAAUUAGACUCAUCCUUGAUGCUGUUUGGACAUCGGUGGAGAUAGCCAACGGUAGUUUAGCAACACUUGAAAGCAAUGAAAGAAAACCCUCUAAUAAUCUCCCUAUCGUUAUUGAGCCUAAGGAAAGUUCAAAGGCUGCCAGAAAGUUAGACUUUGGAUCCAGUCCACUCAUAGAUGGCUCUACAGAGAAUGAAGUACUUGUUAAGCCUAAUGGUAGCAGCAUGCAUUAUUCUUCUGGUGUUGUAGACAAGUUGCAGGAGGCCAAGGUCUAUAUCUCUCAAAUCGAAACUCUCAACUAUCGUCUAGAGAUUUUGGAAGACAUUUUUUCACUUCUGUUCCUAACGAGUGCUGACAUAAAGCCAUUGAGUGUCAGUGAGACAAAGGAAAUUCCUAGUGAAGACGGUGAGAUGAAAUUAGAGGGCUCUCUUCCAUCAAGAUGGACUAAUGAAUUCUCAAGUGCUUUCUCUUCAGUAGCUCUCAUUCGUAGCAAAGCUGGUUUUUUAAUGGGGGAAAGAAUAGCUUCUGAUAUGCUCUUGUUGUUGCAAGACUGUAUUAAUGAAUUACGUGCUGCCAAGUUUCAACAAACACAGCAAACUAGCUCACUCUCUCGUGAGACAAGAACCACAAGUACUGUUAAAUCUUCCAUUCCACUCACUUCGUUACAGCAGAGGAGCGCUCAACUGGAACAGUACAUCAACGAGGCAAAAUGGAGACUGCAACUAGUAUCAUCUAAAAGUGGUAUUCUUGCAGUGCCAACAAAAUCUGGAGCUAAAGUCAAUGUGGAUUAUAUCAGUUUUAGCGAUGAAAGUGUGUCAGAUUUGAGCGAAAGUGAACCAGAGGAGGGCAAAAAAAAGGAGAGAAAGAGGCACAAGAAACCGGGCAUUCUACUAUCGAGAGCUAAAGAAGGUCUUCAUCAGUCACAAAACUCCCUCAUUGACCGACAAAAUCAAACCCCCUCCCCGGUAUUUCGAGCCCCUUCUCCGAUUUUCUCUUCAUCACUACCAGCACCACGCCCCUCGAUUAAAGGAACACGCCCACUGAACUCUACGAGGUUGGGAAAGCGGCAGGUUCGAAGUCCGGUAAAGCAGGCGGAGGAGGACAGUGGAGAUUGUGCAGAUGUAGAAGACCGUUCCCCCGACUCAGAGCUGAAGAAAAAGAAGCGACUGCGGUCCCGCAAUUCACAGGUAGCUGUACGGAAGCGGCGUGCUAGACUGACCGACCCAUCAGAUAGCAUCGUUGCUCGAAGCAGUUUUAUCUACCAGAUGCUUGCCUCACCCGACUCCCUCUUGCGUAUGUGUGUCAAGCAUGCCAAUUAUUCGCGGGCAAAGGAGGUGGUUAAAAUGUUUAACAUGACUGGAGAAUUUGGAGAUUUCUUUGUUGACUUUUCCCAGCAAUACGAGUUAAUAAGCAGGGGCCUGGGUCAAAAACCCCCCUCUUCAUCAUCUGCACCAGUAAGUGGAUCUGGCUCCCAUUCACAAACUCCACCUCGAGGCUCCAUUGAGGUGUCUAAUUCAACUGCCUCCCUCUCAACAAUCAACCUUCAGCUGGCUAUUCGAACUGCAACUACACAAUCUGAGACGUUAGAGAGCCUUCAUCGUCUCCUGGCAACAAGUCAAGUCACGCAAAUGCUCUUCAGUGGAGAUAAAGCAUUAGAGAAAGCUGCUGAGGAAUCCACUCUACUUCAUAAUCUUUUUGAGCAUGUACCAGCGCUUGUGAUGUUGGACAUUGUGUGUAGCAGCAAGUUGGAAGCUGUCACAGCUAAGAGGAUUGUGGAGCUAGCUACCAGUCGAUCCUUGGAUGUUCUUCAGAGUGCAAGUAAGAAGUUGGGAGUAAGCAAACGAGUCUCGCAAACUCAUGAUGUUUUGACUGUCGGUGGACCGUUUGCUCUCUUGCAAAUGUUGUCAGAUGUGUUAGGGUACUUUAUGAACUUUGGAAUAAAUGUCCCUGCUCCUACCUUGACCACACCUAUUUACUCAUCCCCCCACACCCUACUAACAAGCGGAGAUCAUCAGCUACAAGUUGAGUCCAUUGUCAAGUCCAAGACCUUCAUAGACACUUACAGAGACACUCGUGAGAAAAUUGAGCGGGAACUCGUCCAGUUAUCAUCUGAGACUAAAAAAAAUCUUUUUGAAGAACUGUCUGAGUGUACUCCAGUUGAAGAGCCCUCAUCCUUUUCCCAGCGUAUUAAGACGAGUCCCGUGAGUGUGUUUGACGAGUUAAUCCGAGCCCUGUGCUCUGGAAAGCAGGUGGUACUGCCAAGGGACGAGCACUCCAGUCAGGAUGUGGGUGAUGUGGGCAUGGCUAGCUUCCUUUGGCAGUUCGUCCGCUACGUCAGCAAACUGCUAGAGUUUCUCACCCGCUGUCUGGGUCUAGGUGGAGCUUGCCCCACGAAAGCUUCACUGCUCCUCACGCUCCUUCGUGAGUCGCCAUCUCAGGUAUUGGGGCGUCUGGUGUUUGAGCAGGGGAUCACCCCCAACAGACUGGAGAGCCUCAUGCAGGAUUUCUCCCAUCUCCACGUGGUGGAGGUCAUUAUCAAGUGCUGCUGUCCCACUUUACCCAGCAUCACCCCACAUUCCAACACAGUUCGGCCAAUGGUUUGUUCUCUCAUUGCUCUCAACCAGCUUCCAUCGGGCAACAAGGAGUCUGUGGGUGUACAAGUAGUCACUGACCUGUGCUCCUACUCACACGAACUGCUACACAAGCUGGUCACCAUUAUUAAAGGCUCAAGUAUUCAAUCCCAUUCACGUGACACUGUCAUCACUGUUGAAGAUCUCACACUGGCCCUCGAAAACCCAGAACUCUACAACCUUUUCCAUAAAACGCACGACCUUGAAUCUGUUGACCUUCGGUCCCUGGAUACGCCCACCAAACAGAUGGUAUUCUAUUCCAACAUUGUGAAUUUUCUCUACACACAUGCUGUGUUGCUUGCAAUUGCCAUGGAAACCAAACCAUCGAAUUGGGAGGGGCUAGAGGAUAUUUUGGUGCUCCUAAAUGGCUGCGGUCUCAGUUUCGAAAUCGUCAACACAUCGUCGAUCAUUCAAACAUCUUACUUUACUAAAGUUGGAUACUUUAUUGGCCAGUUAGGACUGAUAAGUUGCUUUGAUCUCCAUUAUACAAUCCUUAGAAGAGGUUUAACCCCACCCACACUGGUAAAAGGCGUAGAGCUUAAAGCUCGCAUUGAGCCCUUGACUCCAGAUCCGUGGGCAGUACACGCUCCUUCAACUUCUGACCCUCGGCUUGUAUUUGUAAUCCAUGAUGGUCGUCUGUCCUCUCCCACUCCUGUCCCCCUAACACAAGACAACCUAGAGGAUGAACUCACUCUCACUGAAUCCUGGUACCUGUCCUCUAGUAUCAACAUCGAUGCUCAGAACAAGGAAAUAUCUGUUCCAGAAUGGCUAUUUGACUCUUGCAAAGACCUGCUGAAGAUUGAGCAAUCUUCCGAUACCGAUCUCUCUCUGUUGAAAUACAUCCACUCCAAGUUAGACAAGGAGAAAGGAGAUAUUCUCCAGCCUCUGCUUGAGGCAAGCGAGCUCUCAAAGACGAAGAAUGUCACUGUACGUGCCAAUAAUCCUCAGAUUGGAUUCAACUUUACACUCAAGCGUAGUAGUCUGAAAACAUCUCCCAAAUUAAAAAGAAAAAUCUCACAAGAGGCUAGCAGAAGACGCAUAUCACCUUCCCAUCACUCUGUUGUUAUGGAGACAAAAGAAGCAAAACGCAAGUAUACCUUUACCAUAGAAAUCCUCAAGUUUAUAGAGCAACGAGCACCACUGUUAGCGGCACUUGUGUACCUGCUCUCUCCCCCCACACCCAAUCAGUUGAGUGUUGACGAAAAGACUGAGACAGUUGAGCAAACAAUUGAAGAUAACACUCCUGCCGUGGGGAAAAUGGGGGGUAUACUUCAAAGUAUCCGCAUCAAAGUCUCUAAAUCAUCUGCAACUACCUCCACUAUGAAGAAAGACACAAGUAUCGACAGUGUUGCUAAGCAAUCUGAGGAAUGGCAGCUGACGUACGAUAAAGUACUCUCCCACUUCUCGACAGCACGGCCCAUGCACCAGUACCUUGUUGCCAGACUCUCCCCUUUCCACUCCCUGAUACCGUGGGAUGAUCCACUAGAGGAAUCUCCUGACUCUUGCAAAGAGUUCAAGGUCUGUCUACGAACACUUGCCGCAUUGCCCUCCUCCUGUGAAGCUCUAGGAGAAGCUUGUAGCUAUGUCAUGAAAAAUUUACUUGAAAAAGGCCAAGUUAUAGAGGCUGUGAGCUUCCUUGCUUCAGAACCCGCUUCAAGACAUCCUGAGAAAAUUGCUUUUCUGUCGGACAUUAUUCUAAGCUGUGCCUUUGUCUCGAAUUGCCAGAAGACGUCAUACAAAGUUGAAGUUGAAAAACGAAACCCACUAACUAUUUUGUCGCAAAUCUCCAAUUCUGAGCUAGCUAGUAGACUGACACUUGCGUCACUGGAGUGUUGGCCUGUAGGCAUUUGUGAAAACCUACUCAGCUAUUGCAAAAACCAUCUUCCACCCUCUUCACUUUUGAGUGAGACUGUCAAAGAAAAACUCGACUGUGUGCGAAAUUACUCCCUCAUAAUAUCAAGUAGUAAAAGCCCACUUCAUUCUUCAAGAAGCCCAUGGAAAAAUUGGUAUGAUAUUGCCAAAGACUCAAAAACUAGACCAGACUAUGUGCUACGAAUGUUAUUGUCCUCGAGGGUUUUUGAUGUUGCUAGGCAAUGGGCAGCUGUGCACAACGUAGGGCCAGAGCUGAGUCAGCAGAUUGAAGUGGAGUAUUUGAGUUAUUUGCUGGAGGGGGACUCAAAUGACCCCAUUGCCGCACAGCAGGUUCUUGACAGUCUGUCUGAAGACACCACUGCCUUAAACGUCUGUGAGUCUUUAUUGGAGCAUGCUAAUCUGCAGGUGACCAUCUUUGUGCUGCAUUACAUGCUCUCAAAACUCUCACACUGUCUACACUAUGCCAAGACACAAGAUUAUUCUAACAAGCUCCUUGGUGCAAGGGCUUUACUUUGUCUCCCCAAGAACUUCAGGAAGCAGUACCUUGGUUUGAUUAUGCAACCCAUGCUGCUCGUGGAACAGCUGCUCAUCGAUAUGAAAAUCGAUUGGGCAUGCUCAGUGAUACAACAGUUACGCACCAAUGAGCACCUCACGCACAUUAACAAGAUGGACACACCCAUUCUCGACCAUACCCCGGUAACCUUCUCGGACGAGGAGGAGUCACAUGACCCGUUCGUGAGGACCAUUAUGUACUACUGUAUCAAGUCACUGGAAUUUCCACAACCCAUACUGGUGCAGAACACACCAGCACAAUCCCUAGCUGGCAGUGCAAUGCCAACACGACCUCCUUCACCAGGAGCUUCAUUUUCACAGUCCUAUACUGGCAGUAAAUCUCGGUACAUGGAAUCUGACAACCCCUACCCUUCAGCCACACCAAAAAGAGCAUCUUUCUCUCAUCACAGAAGGCCAUCUUUUAACCUACCCCCUACUGAGACAAGGGACAGCUCAUUCAAACCACCCACUGUCCCACCCGCACGAAACGAUUGGGAGAGAGAUUCGGCAGUGAGAUCAUGUCCCAUCUGCAAACUUGUCAUCUUUGGAAUGUUCAGUAGAAGACACCACUGUCGAAGAUGUGGGCGUGUUGUCUGCUCUGGAUGCUCCGACCAUCUCUCAGAAGUGAAAAGUUACAAUCAGCCUGUCAGAGUAUGUAAUGACUGUCACCAGACUUUCAACACCUCUGAAAAGCCAUCUGAAACCCUGCCCACUGCUCAACCUCCUUUCGACAUAAACUCGCUUCUUCCAGGAUCUGAUUAUAGAAAUGAACAUAUACAUAACUGCACCCUCCUCCCAAAAGACCCAAUGUUCAAUCAAAAUAUUCGUAGGGAGUUUUACUAUGAGCGAGCUCCGAACACGGCUCUGUUUCUGUCUCUAGUGGAUCUGAUUGUUGAUAAGAGAGUGGCAGCUGGCUUUAUCCUGGACUGCUGUCACACGGUAUCCGGGCAACUGGUGCCCAAUGCUCAGGGCUUGGUCAAUGAAGAAGUAGACCACCACUUCGUAAUUGGGUUGAUUCAAAACUUACUCCAGAAUGCCAAGGUGCGCUUUGCCCAGGCCGAGGACUCCUCGGGGGUGGAGCUGUGUGACACCUACCUAAGUAGAGUGGACCUGCUUCGUCUCCUAGUGUCCUCCCGUUGCCCCAAAAUACCAUCGAUACAGGAGCUCACCAAACCAGAUCUGGCACGCCGUGUCAGGGACAAGCUGAUGCAGAGCAACCGGUUCAAACUCGCCAUGGAGAUGUCCACCAAGUGCCAGCUGGACACUGGGGAUGUACUAGUGGCCUGGGGCAUCGCCUGUCUCAAGUAUGGGGAUUUCUCCUCUGCAAGGUCAAAGUUCAAGAACUGCUUUCAAGUGAGUUCCCACUCCAAACUUUCCAGCUCUGGUGCUCACAACCUGCAACUGCUACAGAGAAUCGUUGAGUUGAUAGAGCAAAUACCGUUGGCCAUCAAUGCCAAGACUUCACAGUACAACGAGGACUGGUCCAGCCUCCUACUCAGCUCCACCGUCAUCCCCGAGCGAUGGUCUGAAGAGUGUGACCUCGACAAGACACGCUUCAACGAGUGUGUCUAUUACCUGACUGCCUAUGGAAAUGACUCUUCCCUAAUUUCUUUUUAUGUCAAGCACGGAUGCUGGCUGAUGGCUUGCAAGAUGAUCAGAGAUAAGAACUGCUCCACAGAUGUGUUCAUCGACCAUCUUUGGGUACCUGCUAUGAAGACUGGGCAGAUAGAAUAUGUAGAGGAUUGUCUACAGCGGAUUGAUCACACCCUCAGCACUUGGGAGGGUUAUUUGACAGCUGCUUGUCGCUACUUCACAAAGAAGGGGUUAUUCUCUGUACUCUAUAGGACACAACUGUUCAUGAAGGACUAUAUUCGUGCUGGCAUGACAUGCAUCAAGUUCUUCAUUGGUUUCUCUGGACGAGUGACUUCCAUAGCUGAUCUCUUCUCACGCCUCCACUAUCUCUCUCAGGCCAAAAAAUAUUUUCAGACCUAUAUCGAAGUGAAUCGCAGGAUUGGCGACAGACGAGGGGGGUGGUCUAGGUCGUCACGACAAUAUGAGGACAGUUUGCAAGUCCUUCUCUCCUCAGUGAAGACUCUAGAUAUGUCAGAAGUGCAGCAGCAUCUGGCCACCAUUGAGAUGCAGACUAGAGUGACCCACUUUCUAUACCAGUCGGCAGAGAGCCAGCAAACAGUCAGUGUGCCCCUCCCUUCUCUAAUAGGCUUGGCAGAUCCCACAUCUUCACUUGGGGCCGCGGGAGGACGAUUAUCAGGGCAACCUGCCACACUGUUCAGUAACGCACACAUGAGGGGGGAGGUUGCCAUUCAACUUCUCACAUGUUCUCAAGACAUCAUGGAAGGCUUUGAAUUUGCAAGAGAAAUCAUUCAGGCUUACCGACUCUCUCAAACUGAGAUCUAUUGUGGGACUGCCAGAUCGCUCUCCCUCAAGGGACGCUAUGGAGACUUGAGGAUUCUCCUUCAGUGUCUGCAAAAGGCACACACAUCACCUUCCCUCUAUGAUGAAAUCAUUAUGGCUGCCAUUAAAGUGUUGGCCAACCAGCCAAAAGAGGCUAAGCAGAUUGAAAAGCUGGCGAACCUACUUUCCAGUGAAAAAAGCAAGAUCAAGGCCUUUGUUCUGGCUGGAAAGCUGAAGAACGCGUACUUGGUGGCAGUAAAGGCGGGAGAGGUGGAAGAAGUGAGACACAUUGCAGAGCUGGCAGGGAAAGCAGGGCAAAUUGCCGUUAGAGACAUUUGCCAGAAAUGGCUGCACGAACAUGCACAUCACAGGUAAUUAAGGUGUGUCCUGUGGACAUCGGAUUUUGUAACCUAGGUGAAAAUUGUUUUUUAUAUGAUUUUGUUUGUUUUAUUAACAGUGAUUGUCCUGUAUGUGUGAGUAUAAUUUGUGUACUGCCAGCAUAAGUAUGAUUGUACUGUAACUACGUUGUCAUGAAUUUCAGGAGCACAGAAA